UGUUUGUUGGGGAAGGAAGCAGUCAGAGUUAGUAAGGGUGCGGGGUACUUGAACCAACGUCUUGGAGGAGGUAGGAGAAAUAAGAUCACAAAGACAGGAGAAAAUGUGAUCCUUUCCUUUGAGACGGACGGAAGUGGAUUGAUUGUAUCUUGUGCUGAAGAUGUUUCCAGAACAACAGAAAGAGGCCUGCUUGCGAUUCUGAACCCUGUUCCUCUGUUUACAAUGCCUUUACAGGAAUUUGUAAGCGUCUGGGUUCGAGAUCCUCGGAUUCAGAAGGAGGACUUUUGGCAUUCUUAUAUUGACUAUGAGAUAUGUAUUCACACCAACAGCAUGUGUUUUACAAUGAAGACAUCCUGUGUGCGAAGAAGAUACAGAGAAUUCGUGUGGCUGAGGCAGAGACUCCAAAGCAAUGCGUUGCUGGUGCAACUGCCAGAACUUCCAGCUAAAAACCUGUUUUUCAACAUGAAUAAUCGCCAGCAUGUAGAUCAGCGUCGUCAGGGUUUGGAAGAUUUCCUCAGAAAGGUCCUGCAGAACGCUCUGCUGCUCUCGGACAGCUGCCUUCACCUCUUCCUACAGAGCCAUUUGAAUUCGGAAGACAUUGAGGCCUGCGUCUCCGGGCAGACUAAGUACACUGUAGAAGACGCAAUUCACAAGUUUGCCUUGAUGAACAGACGUUUCCCUGAAGAAGAUGAAGAAGGAAAAAAAGAAAAUGAUAUAGAUUAUGACUCAGAAAGUUCAUCCUCUGGGCUUGGACAUAGCAGCGAUGACAGCAGUUCACACGGAUGUAAAAUGAGCACAGCUCCGCAGGAAUCCUGAAAAAGAAUUCUAACGUUACCAUCUUAGGAAUAGUGAAUUAUGUCCAGUCAUGGAGAAGAAAGCUCGCUAAUAAUAGAUUCUUACCUAAAGCUCACUGUCAUGAUAUUAGGUAUUUAAAUUCUUAAAGACGCUGGGUUGUUUAUUAGUGGCAUUUUUAUGUUGUCUUGUUUUGGAUAAGCUGCUGUAAAAAGCUAAAGGCCUGUGAGUGCAGCUCUCCUUCACAGGCAAACAUUAUCAGGAAAUGCAAUGACAUAUAUGUGUAGAAACACCGAGCCGGGUUUGCUGAAUUGUAAAAGAUAGGUAAAUAGGCAGCACUGAAAAUCCAGAUAGUGGCUCCUUCUCGUGCCGGUGGGACAGUGUUAGCACCAGCCCAGCCCGGAUGAUCUGAGCCAGCGUGAAGACUGACAGCGUAGACCUGACCGCCUCUUUCAGACAUGUGGCUGUUUUGUGGGCACCUCCCCUGCACUGGGAAAACCCUGCGCUUUCGGGUGUUUGAUUGAAAUAUUUUAAGAAGCUUCACCUCCCUAGUAUUUUAUUUCCCGUGUAGAUGGAACAUGUACCCUACGACUAGAGACAUGGUAAAAUAAUGUUUACGUCUUAUAUGAAAACAGAAAUCGUGCUCGUAAUUUUGCUUCUAUUUGCAAUAUAGAGAUUCAGAAAAUACAGUUUCAUUGUUCAAAUUCGGGUUUAACACAUGGUCUCUGGAAAACGGGGACUGUGUUUUCAUGACCAGUGUGUAACUAGAAUUACAGGUUAACUAUUUUCUGACUAAAUGUGCAGUUUCUUAUCACUAGAUAACUUUCAGUGUCAGUGGUGGUUACUUGUUACUUAUUUUUAAGUUAGCAGUGGGAUCUUAUAAAAAUUGAUACAUUUCAUGUUAUCAAUAAACAUUCCCAUCAUUUAGAAAAAAGAAUAUCAGCUUGCUAAUUUAAGAAUGAUUCAUGUCUAAAGAGCCUUUCUUUUACGGCAUCUGCCUGGAGACUGGUGUAAUUUAAUAAACUGUCUUCUUUUUUAGUGGCCCAAAGAUAAAAUGUCUUAGAUAAACUACAUUGAACUUCAAAUUUGAGAUGAGGCAACGUUUUCUUGCAAUAAUUAUCCAAGUUUCUUCUUUGUUGAAUGCUAUGAAGUAUCUCUCAAACUGGCAGGAAGUCAUUGUCACGUAACUGGGAUAACUUGUUGCUUUAAUUAAAUGUUACCUCACCGCAUUUUAUUUCAACUGGGAGUUUAGAAGUUACUGUGUGAUGAGAAAGUCUUUGAAGGGCUCGUUAACUAAGAACAAGAAAAAGAAAAUGAAAUUUAGAAUAAGAAUGAUUUCCUUAAUUUUUCCUUUUUGUUUUUAUUUGGUCUAAAGCGGCAUUAAACUUUGGUAAAUACUUGGAUUUACUGUAUCUUGGAUCUUGUUAUUUUAUCAUCGAAGACUCAUUUUCAUACCGAGGGAAAAGGGAUGGAGAGCUCUGUUUUAUCUUGCUAACCCGUAAAGUUGGCCAUCUCGUCACUUAAGAGCGAUCCCUGUUUGGUCAGCAGUAUGUACUUGAAUUCACAUUAUUUCUGUUUUACAGCAGUUUUGGAAAGCAUGUAAUGUGCCACCAAUUGUCAUAUUAUUUUUUGAUGAUGUAACGUAGCCAUUAAAAUUGAUAUUAAGUAAUGCCUAAUACUGUGGUAUGUAGCCUUCACAAGAUCAUCGUUUUCACAUUAAAUGAGAAAUAAUCAAG